UGGGUGCCGUCUUUUACUUCCAACCAAGCGGCAGUGCUACCUCCUUGGUGCCGUCACCGUGAGCCCUUUCAGGCCCCGCCCCAUUUACGCCUGAGGCUGCGAAACUCCGGAGACUGGAUAACCGCUACCCGGUCGACCGAGCGGCUCUGGGCGGCGCAGUGCGCAGGCGCGAGCGUUUGGGUCCAGGCGCGCGCGGCGCUCGGUUGAAGUGGGAGUGAGUUCCUAGGCGCGGAAACCCGGCCGCGGGCGGCGGAGCGCGCGGGUGACCGAGCGCUUCCUCUACCGUCAUGGCAGCCCUGCGCUACGCGGGCCUGGACGACACGGACAGCGAAGACGAGCUGCCCCCGGGCUGGGAGCAGAGAACCACCAAGGACGGCUGGGUUUACUAUGCAAAUCACACUGAAGAGAAGACUCAAUGGGAACAUCCAAAAACUGGAAAAAGAAAACGAAUAGCAGGAGAUUUGCCGUAUGGUUGGGAGCAAGAAACUGAUGAGAACGGACAAGUCUUUUUUGUUGACCAUAUAAAUAAAAGGACUACCUAUUUGGACCCAAGACUGGCAUUUACUGUGGAUGAUAACCCGACAAAGCCGACCACCAGACAGAAAUAUGAUGGCAGCACCACCGCCAUGGAAAUACUCCAGGGCCGGGACUUCACUGGCAAAGUUGUCAUAGUGACCGGAGCAAAUUCAGGAAUAGGGUUUGAAACUGCCAAGUCGUUUGCCCUCCAUGGUGCACAUGUGAUCCUGGCCUGUAGGAAUAUGACAAAAGCCGAUGAAGCCGUGUCACUCAUUUUGGGAGAGUGGCAUAAAGCCAAGGUAGAAGCAAUGACCCUGGACCUCUCUCUGCUCCGUAGUGUGCAGCAUUUUGCUCAAGCAUUCAAGGCCAAGAAUGUGCCUCUCCAUGUGCUCGUGUGCAACGCAGCAGCUUUUGCUGUACCCUGGGGCCUCACCAAGGAUGGCCUGGAGACCACCUUCCAGGUGAACCACCUGGGGCACUUCUACCUCGUCCAGCUCCUUCAGGACGUCCUGUGUCGCUCAGCUCCUGCCCGAGUGGUUGUGGUCUCCUCGGAGUCCCAUAGAUUUACAGAUAUUAACGAUUCCUCGGGAAAACUAGACCUGAGCCUCCUUUCUCCAUCUAAGAACGACUACUGGGCCAUGCUGGCUUACAACCGGUCCAAACUCUGCAACAUUCUCUUCUCCAACGAGCUCCAUCGCCGCCUCUCCCCACGUGGGGUCACGUCUAACGCAGUGCAUCCUGGGAACAUGAUGUACUCCAACAUCCAUCGCAGCUGGUGGGUGUGCACGCUGCUGUUCACCUUGGCCAGGCCUUUCACCAAGUCCAUGAAGUCACUGGCCUGUUAUGAUGGGUGAAGCAUAGUGCCAUGGCUGUGGGAGUCACAAACUGGGAUAUCCAGCCUUCCUGAAACUUAAUAGGAUUAAGCAAUGCCCUGUUUGUUUCCUGUAAGGUAAGAGUGUUCGGAAAAGAAAUGAAAAAACAUCUUGGUAAGAAGGGAAAAAUAUCUGAAGUGUUCCCCUUCUCUCUGUUUGCAUUAACAUAUAGUUCAGCACUGCAUAGCUCUGUCUGUCCAUCUGUCCCUCCCUCCCUCCCUCCCUCCAUAGUGAAAAUGAACACAAGACACAUCUUUUUCCCGAGAAGAGAUGGGCAUUGGUCUGGUUUCCCCCAGAGAAUCGUGUGGCCGUUGUCACAGGGAGGGUCAGCACAGAGGUCCAUCUGUGGAAUGUGGGCAGUCAUCUGCAAGUUGAGAACAGAGGUCAAGGCAUCAAAUAAAGUGGUGUGAGUGUCUGGCCUGGGAACCUGGACAGUGGUCACAGGCAGGAUUCAGAGAUCCUUGAGCCAAGAUUCAAGACCCAAACAAAGAAUAAAAACCAAGCUGAGCUAGGAAAAGCCCAGCCAGCACAAAUUAGAGGCCUCCAGUAAUGCUGACCCAAUAGUGGCCCCAGUCACCGCCUCUUCCUGAGGACAGUACAGCCAAUGGCAAUAGAGCAUCUUAAGGCAAGAGAACUGAGAGGCUAGAAGUGAUGCUUCUCUUGGCUUCAGGGCUCAGGAACAGGCUUGCUUGAUCUCAUCUAAGCAGCCAUGCUUUACUGGGCAAACUGAUGGAUUAAAGAACUGAGCUCCCUCUUAGAGAGUAUCAGAAAUUAUCAACCUUCCGGAGCUCCAUUGUCCAACAUGGUGGCCACUAGUCACAUAUGGCUGCUCUAAUUAAAGUUAAUUACUUAAAAUAAAAAAUUCAGUUGCUCAGUCGCACUAGCCAUAUUCAACUAUUGAGUAGCCCACUCUGGGCCGUGGCUACCAUACUGGGUAGUGCUGCAGAGAAUAUUUCUAUCACAGAGGAGCAUCCUAUUAGGAUAGCGCUGCUCUAAAGCAGAAGUCUCCAAGGUGUGGCAGUUGACCCAUUGGGGUUCCAAAAGAAAACACUGCAACUUCUAUUUAUCCAUGGACCUUUUCCAUUUAUUAUUAAAUUUUGAUGCAUUUACUGGGCAUGUACUACUGUUUUAAGCACUUUACAUAUGUUUACAGACAUCAUCAUUUCAAAUAUCCUGUGAGGUAGCACUGUUACUAUCCCUAUUUUCAGCUGAGGACACAGGCACGCUGAGUACGGAGGGGGCCAGCUGGGAUUCCAACUCAGGUGGUCUGGGUCCAGGGUCUCUGCUCUUAAUGCUGCAUGACAUUGGCCCUCAAUUAAGGAGCAUCGAUCUUUACAAGUAUGCAGAUGCAUUGCAAUAGGUGCCCUCUCCGGUCCUGGGAGUCAGGAGCCCUGUGUGACGUGCAAGGCAUUCUGAAGUAAGGCCGGACAUUUCCCCAAGCAGAGGGUUCCCGGUGGGGCCUCUGCUCCUUGUGGACUUCCAGCAUUAGGAAACACACGGCAGUUUCCCAGGUGUGCUGUGUUAAAUGCAGCAAGACACUGGAUUAUCUGUUUUGAACGAAAGCAUCCCUUACAACAUGAGCACGAGGCUUAAGGAGAUGUCCGCAAAGAGACCAGCAUUUAAAGAUAAUACUUAGAGUGCGCGCCCAAGCAAGCUGUGAGCAAGUGGCAGGAUUGGUACAUCAGCUGCUCCUGACAUGAGCCCCUCAGCUGUCGCAAGGUAAAUACAGUGACAGUGGCAUUAGAUCUUGGAAGUCAGUCACAGAAACACAAAUCUACAUCAGCAAAAGGAGAUGUGCAAGUGCCUGCACUGUUUUUCACCCUAUGCCAUGCCUCGAAGUAGUAGCCAACAGAAUGAUACAAGUUUCUAACUUAUAAAUAAAUGAGACGUAUAUUGUGGCAUCUGCCUUGAAUUUCCCUGAUAAAAGGUGCACAAUGAAAAGUCUGGAGCCUCUAGAGUUUUAAAAAGAAUCUGUGGCCUCUGCCUGCCUGGAUUAUCACUGUUCAAUUGGGCCCUGCUCUGUGUGUCUCCUGCCUACUUAGAAGAACAUCCUUUCAGAAGAGUUGAAAAUCAGGACAUGAAAAGGAUUUUGUAAGGAACAUAAAAGCCAUUGAUUGAAACAAAGAGUCAUGCUGGGGAGACUGAACUUUGAGGGGAACUUGGCCCCAUAGGCCUUUGUUUAUCAUUACCUGUGGGAAGGCUGUCCCCACCUUCAAUUCUUUGUUUGAAAAUAUUUACAUUUUUUUCAAAUAUAUCCUUCUAUCAGCACAUAAUUGCACUGAGCCUAGUUAAUAAAAUUCUGAAAAAUUGGGAA